AUGUCCACCCCCGGAGCCCCCGCAAAGAUCGCCGUGCUCUCCAUGAGCACCCGCAAGCCCAGGGUCGGCAACAAGAUCGCAGCCCUGGUCAAGGAGACGCUCGAGAAGGAGGCGGCGGGCCCGGCCACAUACUCAGUCAAGCUGGUCGACCUAGCCGACUUCAACCUGCCCGUGUACGACGAGGAGGUCAUACCCGCCCAGGUGCCGGCCAAGGCGCAGUUCAAGUUCGAGCACACCAAGCGCUGGUCGGCCGAGAUCGCCUCGCACGACGCCUACGUGCUCGUGAUCCCCGAGUACAACUACUCCAUCGGGGGCGGGACCAAGAACGCGAUCGAUUACCUCUACAAUGAGUGGAUCGGCAAGCCCGUCGCCAUCGUCAGCUACGGCAUCGGCGGCGGCAACAAGGCGUCGGCCGUGGCCGCCGACGUCCUGGCGGGCAUGAAGCUGCGCGUCGCCGAGACGAGGCCCGCCUUUUCCUUCGCCGGGGGCCUGGGCCCGGACGCCUUUGCGGCCAUGAACGAGGGCCAGCUGGGCGACGAGUCGCGCAAAAAGUUCGUCGACGAAACGGCCGAGACGGUCCGCAAGGCCUUUGGGGAGAUCAAGACGCUGCUGGAGGCCCCUGUCAAGUCGUAG